AUGAAUCAAGUUUCAGAAAACUUUAAAAGAUUCGACAUUUUCGGUUAAGAAAUCAGGUUAUUGGCUACAGGUUAAUCAGCUUUUAGAACAAACAUUGGAGCAUUUAUGACUUUGGCCUUGUUUACUAUUCUUGCUUAUUCUUGUAAUUCAUUUAUUUUAGAAAUGAAUAAAGGAAAAAAUGCAAUACUUAAUUCUAAAGAUGCUGUAAUAUCUGGUGAAGAGGUAAUAAAUUCUAAAAAUAACUUAGGGUUAUACUUUUAAUUCAUCUGAACUUAUCUUUGCUGUAGGAUUAUUAGACAAUCUGGGAUAACCUAUUCCUAAUGAUAAUAAUAGAGUAUUCACUAUUAGUUACUACUAUUGUAAUAAGUCUUUAAAUGAAACUGCAUGUAUUUAUAUUCCAGGAACAAUCUGUGGUAACAGAAUUCAACAAGUUUCACAAGUAAAAUAACUACGUAAGUUAGUAAUUAAACAUACCAAAGGGUUAUGAAGAUAUUACUUACUGUAUGGAUGAAGAAUAUAUCAAGUAAAACCCAGAAAUCAGAAUUUAAGGGUCAACUAGAUAAGAUAAUUUUACUUUAUUAGGCGCAUUAGUCUAAAGAUGUCAGAAUAGCACAGAUUAUAAUGGUAAAAUUUAUAAUUUAAUUAGAUUGUGCACCAAGUGAGGAUAUUGAUUAAUAUAUUAAAAAUGCAAACCUUUAUUACUCUUAUUCUUUUCAUCAAUUUAACAAAGAAUUAGAUGAUUCUCCUUAUGAAAAUGCAUAAAAUAUAGAUGUUACACCCAUGUAUUACAAAGUACGAAAAUAUAUUAAAAUCUAUUUUUAAUACUCUUAAAGUUAAUUAGAGUAUAACCCUUUUUAUUUCUUCCCUUCUUAUGCCUAACAUGAUGGCUUUGAAUAUUAAAAUACAGCAAUCGAUACAGCCUUAAAUUUUGAAGAUGAUAGCAGUUUUGCUCAAUUAGAAAUAAAUUUAGAUGCAAAAAAGAGGAUUCAUUUCAUUACAUACCAAACGUUAAUGGAUGUUGCAGCCAAAAUUGGUGGUUUUUUUACAAUUAUUAGAGUUAUUUUUGAGAUUGCUCUAUUUCCUAUUUAAUCAAUUCUUUAUAGACUUUAUUUGAUUAAUUGUUUAACUCACCAAUAACACAAUAUUAAUACUAAUACAUGUGAUACUCCUAAGAAUAAAAAUACUAACAUUUUGACAUUCUAUAGACUCAUAAAAUCAGGAAAGGCAAGAUAAUUCUAUUUAAAUUAAUCUCUUAUGAUUGAUAAAUUUUUGGACAUAACAGAAAUAUUGAUUAAUCCUUUAAGGUUUACACGGCAAGUUGAAGAUUUAUAUGGUUCAAUUAAGAAAUUUGAUAUUGUAAGUGCUCGAUAGAAUAAUUUCAAUAUUAAUUAGUAAAUAGAUGAAUUGGUAGCUAAUAACAAUAAUGAGUUUGCAGAUUUCAAAAGCAUGAGUCCUAGAACUAUAAAUUAAGAAAUGAAGUUGGGAAGUCUAACUAAUUUUAAGGUACCUCAACUUUCUAUAAAUUGA